UCGUCGGAGCUGGUAGGAUCGGUCCCACGGUUGGUGUGCAUUCGAAUAGUUGUUAUCUGCAAAAGGAUCAGCACAAUCCAUAUCGAUAUUCUAGUGUACUCUGCCUGUGAAUAGUUCUUUCGGGUUGCAUUUCAAGGUCGGAGGUAUUUUUAUCAGAAAACGAUCUCAAGAAUUCCUUCCAAAAUGGCUCUCACAACGAGUGCAAAUUUUGUUAAAUAUUUGCUAUUUCUCUUCAACUUUUUCUUUGUGAUCACCGGUGUGAUUAUAAUGGCCGUUGGUUUAACCGUCCAGGGAGCAUACCAUAGCUUCCGGGACGUGCUAGAUGCAAAAUUUUUCAGUAUUCCGACUUUCCUGGUAGUAAUUGGUUCGUUCAUUUUCGUAAUUGCCUUUUUCGGAUGCUGUGGUGCGUACAAGGAAAACUAUUGUAUGACUCUUACUUUCUCUGUCCUGUUGAUUCUAAUCUUCAUUCUGGAGCUUGCGGCUGGCAUCAGUGGCUAUGUCCUCCGUAACGAUACCCGUGAACUCGUAAGCAAUGCUCUUAACUCAUCGAUGAAGAGCUACGGAGGAAACAGUAGUAGAGAAAUUACCCUGAUUUGGGAUGAAAUUCAAGUUGAUUUCGACUGCUGUGGAGUUUACAAUAGCUCAGACUGGUCUCAAGCGAAUCCCAGUAUGUUUAACGAAACGUUCCUCCCUAUGACAUGCUGCCGUCCACAAACGGGUGCUGUGGGACUUGUUUCUUGUCCAGAUGCCAGCUCCAAUACUCUACGUAAAACCGGAUGCGUCAAUUCGUUUGGUGAUUUCAUCAAAGCGCAUGCGGUCAGCCUAGGUGCUGCUGGAAUUGCUCUUGCUGUGAUACAGUUCUUCGGUAUUCUUUUUGCUUGUUAUCUUGCUAAGCAAAUAAAGCUGCAAGGAGUUAGUUCCUAUUCCUAAGCCAGUAAGGUCACGGUAUUAUGUAGAACUCACAUCGGUUGAAUUUCGUAGAGAGCUAACCAGAGAAUGGCACUAAAAAUCGUUAAUAAAACCCCAAGAUAAUCCUUUAACUGGUAGAUAUGUUUGAUU